CAAAAACCAAAAAAAAAAAAAAAAAAUGGUAUUCAAAGCUUUACCAUACACACUCAAACUCAUUCUUUCCAUACCUCUUCUUCUUCUCAAACUCCAUAAUAACCAAACAAAAGCUCUCAAAAGAACUAUAAGCAACACUCAUGCUUCACAUUCCAGGUCACAAACCCUAAUUUCUGAUCAUGUCAUUCACACGUGUGAUCUUUCAAACAAGACAUUGAUCUUCGACGUCGAAGGAACCCUUUUGCGAUCGCCAUCCAUGUUUGCGUACUUCAUGUUAGUCGCAUUCGAAUCCGGAAGCUUGAUUCGGGCUUUUGUGCUUUUUGCACUAUACCCUCUUCUUGCUUUGGUUGAUGAUGAGUUAUCUAUCAAGAUUAUGGUUAUGGUGUCGUUUUUCGGCAUCAAGAAAGAUAGUUUUCGACUUGGGAGUUCGGUUUUGCCGAAAUUCUUCUUGGAAGAUGUUGGUUUGGAGGGUUUUGAGGUGUUGAGAAGAGGGAAGAAGAAAGUUGGUGUGAGUAAGUUGCCACAAGUUAUGGUUGAGUGUUUUUUGAAAGAUUAUUUGGAGUUUGAUCAUGUGUUUGGUAGGGAGUUAAAGGUUUUUGGUGGGUAUUUUGUUGGUCUCAUGAAAGAUAACAAGAACAUCAUUAAACAUCGUAUAAACGAAGUUGUUGGAGAAGAUGAUGAUAAGGUUUGCUUCUCAAACAAGCCGGUUAAACACGAUUGGAUCGCUUGUAGCAAGGAUGUUUAUGUGGUUAGUGAUGCCGAAAAGAAGGCGUGGCGGAUUCUUCCAAGAGAAAAAUAUCCUAAAGAUCUAAUCUUUCAUGACGGAAGAUUAGCCUUUAGACCAGAACCACUGAACAUGCUGGUCAUGUUCAUGUGGUUCCCUUUCUCCAUUAUUUUGUCCAUUUCCCGGAUCGCUAUUGCACUCACCAUGCCAUAUGGUGCAACGAUCCCUAUCAUGUCAUUCACUGGCGUCCAAGUCAGGCUCAAAAACAAUAACUCGACUUCAAAUCCGAUGUCUCUUGAUCGUAAAAAAGAUAAAGGUCGUUUAUACGUAUGCAACCAUAGAACUUUACUUGAUCCGCUAUACCUCUCAUUUGGACUCAAGAAACCAUUCGCUGCAGUCACGUACAGUCUCAGUAGAAUGUCAGAAAUCUUAUCACCAAUCAAAACCGUUAGAUUAACAAGAGAUCGAGAACAAGAUUCAAAAACCAUGGACAAGAUGUUAAAGCUAGGAGACCUCGUGGUUUGUCCCGAAGGGACAACAUGUAGGGAACCAUAUUUGUUGCGGUUUAGCCCAUUGUUUGCGGAACUUAGUGAUCAUAUUAUCCCGGUUGCCUUAGAUACUUACGUUAGCAUGUUUCACGGGACAACAGCCAGUGGAUUGAAAUGUUUGGAUCCGUUUAUGUUUAUGAUGAACCCACGUUCGGCUUAUAGUGUUCGGUUCCUGGACCAGGUUCAUGGGACCAGUGAUUCGCGCUCAACACGAUAUGAUGUUGCAAAUCAUGUGCAAAGUGAGAUCGGUAAGGCAUUGGAGUUCGAAUGUACUAGCCUUACAAGGAAAGACAAGUAUCUAGUAUUGGCCGGUAAUGAAGGGUUUGUUUCCAAAAGAUGAAUCAUGAAUAUAUAGUCUAUCUUUAAAUGGAUCCUUGAGACACAUGUUUAACUAUUCGAAACUUGGAUCGAUAUGAUGCACCUUGUAAUAUAUAUGUAUUCUUGUAUUGUAUACUACCAUAAUGAUUUGUUAUUCUUUAUGUCUAAUAUAAUUAAAUUGUUA